AUGGAAAAUUACGACAAGAUACGAGUAGUAGGACGUGGAGCGUAUGGUGUUUGUUGGCUCUGCAGAAGGCGAGAAGAUCCGCUAGCUCAGAAGGUGAUCGUAAAGACCAUUUUCAUCCAUGGAAUGAGUGCCGACGAAGAGAAAUCCAUUAUGGGUGAAGUGAAGCUACUACAGAAGAUGCAUCAUCCAAUGAUCAUAGGUUACUAUGAUUACUUUGUUUUCGAAAAUCAACUAGCCAUUGUUAUGCAAUACGCCGAAGGAGGUACGAUGGAAAAACUCGUGCAAGAUCAAAAAGGUUAG